AUGAACGACGGUCCAUCCGGGCGGGUGGUUGAAGGCAUUACCUAUCAAACCCACCAGAAUUGUCAGCUUUCAUCCUUCAAACUACGAAACCACCUGUCUGUCGCAAUGGGUGGAGGCGGAAAGAUCCCAUACCCCAAGGAAGUCUGGUCUCCCGCCGGAGGCUGGUACGCUCAACCUGCAAACUGGAGGGCGAAUACCGCUAUUAUCGGUGCUGCCAUGAUCGGAAUCGUCGCUGCGGUAUGGAGCAUUAGCGCGGAACGCGAACACCGGGAUAAGAUGCCAGAGCCGGGCAGGUUCUUCCCCAGCCGAUACUGGAGCAAGCAGAUUAUCGAACACGAGAGGCAGCAGACCGCCAAGAAUGACUCAUAA